CCACCUUGUUCAUUGCUGUAGACAUCGAGCUCUAUUGCCAUUUCCACAAGAGUAUCUGUAAUAGAGACUCAUAACGACUGACGUGUUGGGGAUACCCGGGAUCGGAGACAGACCGCAACGGAGAGCGUGGCCCCAGCCUUACGCGUAACACGCAGCAUAUUUCGCCAUGAACGGCACUCUUUCAAUGGACGCAUCGUAUACACCGGCGCUCACCAAUGGCAAUGGCACCACCAACGGGAACGGGCUGAUACCACACGACGACGCGCCGCCUACGAGCGUGACCUCUGCUUUCGAUCCGAACAUCUUCAGGAGCUAUCUGCUUUCACUUUUGCCACCUGUGCUCGGCGCGUCGACGGACGAGGUCGAGGGCAUAUUCGACGAAGAAUUCGAGGAGCGGAUAGCGAGAUUUGCGGCGGAGGGAGGCGCAGCUUUGUAUGUGGUCAAACGACGAGAUGAAGUCGAAGACGAUGCAACACAAACAUAUACAUAUCACCUCACCUCACAUCUCACGUACACGCCCUCGAACAUGACCACGCUCGCACUCAUCAAACGAGGACCUACACUCGACCCUCUCUCGCCACUCGCCACUCAAAUCCACAUCCUGAACCUGUUCGGAGGAGACGAGACGCCGUACGAGAGUUUGCAUGCCGUCGUCAGGGACGGUGUCAAACCUUGGUUCGACGCGUUUGUGGGCGCGAGAGGCGGAGGGAAGGAUGGCGUUAGCAAGAUGGGUAUCCCCGUAACCAAGAAGAAGUUCGCCGAGCUCGAACUCUCCUUGCUCCACUUACAACAAAACGUCGAAAUCCCCGAAAUCCACCUUAUCAUUCACCCUGUCAUCCAGAAGGCCGUCGAACAGGCUCGUUCAUCCGGCUCAAGACCAAACAUCUCCCACAUACCCGCUAAGAUCCUCAACGACUCCAACUUCCUCAACACCCUGCACUCGAACGUCAACACAUGGAUCAAGUCCAUCCAAACCGUUACCAAACUGAACCGCGACGUCGCGUCCGGGACUGCCUCGCAAGAAAUUAACUUCUGGCUGAGCAAGGAGCGAGCCCUCGAGAAUAUUGAGAACCAGCUCCGCAGCGAGGAGGUCAACAUGGUGAUGGACUGCUUGCGGAACGCGAAACGGUUCUUGGCCACCGUCAGUUUCAUCGCUGAUACCGGCCUGAAGGACGCCUCCGAUGACGUUCACAAGUACAACCAGCUCAUGAAAGAUUUCCCGCUCAACGAACUUCUCUCCGCCCCCGACCUGGACAAGAUCCAAGAAUCGCUCAUCCUCAUCUUCGGCCACAUCAACCGUAAACUGAAACUCUCACCCUACCCGAUCCGUCGCGCGCUCCCCCUCGUCGAAGCCAUCUCCCGGGACUUCAACGACCAACUCCUCCGCAUCCUGACCUCGCAUCGACUUCUAUACACGCCGUACGAGACCUUCGAGCGUCUCCUGAACCUCACCAUCACCAUCUUCCGCACCUGGGACGAUCUGAUCAAGGAGUUCACGAAUGUGGCGCGGGAGGUGACGAGGAAGCGGUUGGAGAAGUUUAUUCCGAUUAAGGUCGUUCCGGCCCAUGCGAAGUUGCAGGAAAGGACGAGGUAUUUGAGGGAGUGGAGGAAGCAACAUGAGCAGUUGGCGGUGAUGACGGGGCCGACGAAGGGAUUGGGGGCGGUGGGGAUGGAAGUGGGAGGGAUGGAUAUGGAGGAGGAGGUGAAGGAGGCGUAUGAGGUUAUGAAGAGGAUCGAUGUGCUUGAUGUUUCGACCGAGGGCACGGAGAUAUGGGUCACUGCGGAGAACGCUUACAACGAGCGGGUGGCACGAGUCGAGAACCAGAUCAUCUCCCGACUGAGGGAUAGACUUGGGACGGCUCGCAAUGCUAACGAGAUGUUCCGUGUGUUCUCGAAGUUCAACGCUCUGUUCGUGCGACCAAAGAUCCGUGGCGCCAUUCAAGAGUACCAAACCCAGCUCAUCGACUCUGUCAAAGAGGACAUCAAACGCCUCCACGACAAGUUCAAAACCCAAUAUCGCUUCUCUGAAGCCUACCACAUGUCCCAAAUGCGCGACCUCCCCCCAAUAGCCGGCGCCAUCAUCUGGGCGCGUCAAAUCGAACGACAACUCCUCACCUACAUGAAGCGCGUCGAAGACGUCCUCGGAAAAGGCUGGGAACUCUACGCCGAGGGCCAAAAACUCCAAUCCGAAUCGUCCGCCUUCCGGAAGAAACUGGACACCCGACCGGUCUACGACGCCUGGCUGCACGAUAUCAACCGGCGCGAUAUGGGUGUGAAUGGGAGGCUGUUCGAGAUUGUUAGGUUGAGGGGGGGAGGGUUUCAGUUGGCGGUGAACUUCGAUCCGCAGAUUAUCACGCUGUUCAAGGAGGUUAGGAAUUUGCUGUGGUUGAAUUUUCAGGUGCCGCAUGCGAUCACGAAUAUGGCGAAGGACGCGAAGAGGGUUUAUCCGCAUGCGGUGAGCUUGAUGGAGACGGUGCGGACUUACGGGCAGACGUUGGAUUUGGUGGAGAAUAAUAAGGGGAUCGAGUGGCUUGUCGCUGAGUACAGGAACGAGGCGCAGAGGAUGGUCACGAGAGGUAUGAACAUCAAGUGGGACCAUUUCGUCAGUCAGUAUGAUGCGGCGCGGUAUGUUCCUGCGAGCGACGGACGAGAUCAGAGGCACAUUCAGUUCGUCAGGGAGUUCGCUAGCGUGGUCUCUGUCUUGCAGGACAAGACGAACAAUGUUAUUGAUCUGUACAAAGACAUUCUCAGGGCCGUCGAGGAUCUAUCCACAUGCUCCUAUCAGAGUGAGGUAUUCUCUGAGUUGCUCGGUCGUAUUCAAGCAGCAAUCGACAGGUUGAACUUGGAAGGCUACGCGAACCUCGACCAAUGGGUUGCAGAGCUGGACAAGAAGAUCGAAGGCAUCCUUCUUCAGCGGCUUACGCACAUCAUCCAUCUCUGGUGUCAAGAGUUUGACCGAUCGGACGAUGGUGACACGCGAAGAGAUGCUACCGGACUCAUCACGAAGAAGCGAGGGGAUAAGCGCCAUAACGAGAAGCACCUGGAGGGCAUGACGUUGAAACCUAUCGUGCACGAGAUUCGGAUACAGAAUCAAGUCAUCUUCUUGGACCCGCCAAUAGAGUAUGCUCGUCAGACUUGGAUCCAACAGCUUCACGACUGGCUCGGUAUAAUCUGCCGGUUACGACGCAUACAGAGUUCGCGGUACGAGAUUGGUCUUCAGAUGCAGGGGCAGACCGUUACAGAGACAACAUAUACAUCACUGGUCACACAAUUCCCCGACGACACCUUCGCCCGGCCAUUCGCCCUCGUCGAGGCCAAAAUCCAACACCUCCGAGACUACGUCAACAAGUGGCUCCAGUUCCAAUCCCUCUGGGACCUCGAAGCCGAAUACGUCUUCAACCGCCUCGGAGACUCUCUCGCGCACUGGCAACAGCUCCUCACCGAGAUCAAGAAGACGCGCUCGACGUUCGAUACCUCGGAGACGCAGAAAUCGUUCGGCGUCUGCGUGAUCGAUUACGAGCAGGUGCAGGCGAGGGUGAACGCGAAGUAUGAUGCUUGGCAGAGGGAUAUUCUGAGCAGGUUUGGGGUGAAGCUGGGGAACGCGAUGAAGGAGAUGCAUGCGAGCAUUUUGAAGGCGAGGAAUGAUUUGGAGCAUCAGUCGAUUGAGGGCUUGGUCGGCGGGGGUCCUAGGAGGUUCUGAGAGUCUCCGCUUCUACCGUCUCGUAUUGUUAGAUUUCUGGUCUUACUGUUCGUCGGUUUGGUCUUUGGUCCCGGUCUCGCAAGUUCAUACACUCAUUUACCUUAUGUUUUCCUUCCCUCAUUUUCGCUCCGUCUCUAUCUUCCCUUUCUUUCUCCCGUGUUUUACUUCUUUCAUGACCAGCAUAUGUUUGUAUCUUCAAUUGGAUCCCUCUCUAUAGUAAUGCC